GGAGAGCCUUGCAGAGUGCGAAUCAGAGUGCAAAAUGCUGCUGUUGCUGCUGGUUAUACUGCUGGUGGCCGCUGGCUGGCUCAUCCAUCGCGGCCAGGCGGAGCGUCGCCGAGCCGUGGCUAAUCUGCCUGGACCCAUAUGCCCGCCAUUGCUGGGCGCCCUGCAUAUCUUGUACCGCAUGAAUCCAAAGACCUUCCUCAAGGUGAGCCGUGAGCAUAUGGGCAAAUAUGGCAACCUGCAGCGAGUGUGGAUUCUGAACCGCCUGCUAAUCAUGAGCGCCGAUCCGGAGAUCAACGAGCAGCUGCUGGGCAGCCAGGAGCAUCUGGUGAAGCAUCCCGUGUACCGCGUCCUCGGCCAGUGGCUGGGCAAUGGGCUGCUGCUGAGCGACGGCAAGGUGUGGCAUCAACGCCGCAAGAUAAUAACGCCCACCUUCCACUUCUCGAUACUGGAGCAGUUCGUGGAGGUCUUUGAUCAGCAGUCGAACAUCUGUGUGGAGCGGCUGGCGCCGCGUGCCAAUGGCCAGACCUUUGACGUCUAUCAGCACAUUUGCAAGGCAGCCCUGGACAUCAUUGCGGAGACGGCAAUGGGCACAAAAGUCCAUGCCCAGGCCGCGGACAGCUCGCCCUAUGCGGAGGCAGUCAAUGAAUGCACUGCGCUGCUCAGCUGGCGCUUCAUGUCCGCCUACCUGCAGGUGGAGCUGCUCUUCACGCUGACUCACCCACACCUAAAAUGGCGCCAGACGCAGCUCAUUCGCACCAUGCACGAGUUCACAACGAAGGUGAUCGCGGAGCGGCGUCGCACACUCGAUGAACAGCAGCGUGCCAAGCCGAGUGCGAUGUCCCCCGAUGAUGAUGUGGGCAGAAAGCGGAGAAUGGCGCUGCUCGACGUACUGCUGCAGGCCAGCGUCGAUGGGCGGCCGCUGACCAAUGACGAGAUCCGCGAGGAGGUGGACACCUUCAUGUUCGAGGGGCACGACACCACCACCAGUGCUCUGUCCUUUUGUCUGCACGUGCUGGCGCGUCAUCCCCACGUGCAGGAGAAAAUGCUGGAGGAGAUCCUCCAGGUUAUUGGCACCGAUCGCAGUCGCCCCGUCACCAUACGCGAUCUCAACGAGCUCAAGUACUUGGAAUGUGUCAUCAAGGAGUCGCUGAGGCUGUAUCCACCCGUGCCCAUAGUGGGGCGCAAGCUGCAAACGGACUUCAAGUACAAUCACUCCAAGUUCGGCAGUGGCGUUAUUCCCGCGGGGUCUGAGGUGCUUCUUGGCAUCUAUGGCAUUCAGCGACUGCCCAGCGCUUUUCCCCAGGUCGAGGAGUUCAUUCCGGAACGCCAUGAGAACGGCGAGCGCUUUGCGCCCUUCACUUUCAUACCCUUCAGCGCGGGGCCACGCAACUGCAUUGGGCAGAAGUUUGCCCUGCUGGAGAUGAAGAUGAUGCUGGCCAAGCUUGUGCGGGAGUACGAGCUGCUGCCACUGGGCGAGCCCGUCGAGUGUGUCAUCAACAUUGUGCUGCGCUCCGCAACGGGCUUCCAGCUGGGCAUGCGCAGGCGCAACGAUGCCCAAUGAGUGGCAGAUUCGUAAGAGGUAAAAUAGUUGUU